CUCGGUGAGGCUCGGUGAGGCUCGGUGACGCUCGACGCGGCGGCCCGACGAGAGUGUGCUUGUGCGAGCGGCCGCGGGCCGACAGUGCGCGCGGGCGCGGGCAGAGCUUGGCAGUCAGUGUCGAAGGCAUCCCCGCAAGUAGGUCAGCGAGAGCGCCGGUGGCGAAGAGCAAGGCGCAGACGAGGGCCCGAUUAUGAGAGAGGAUCGGCUGGUCCGGCCGGGCCUGGGGCGGAAAGCAGUAGCAGUCGAGGCAGUCGCGGCGGAAGGAGGCGGCGCCCCCCGGCAGUCGCGGGCCCAGCCGAAGCCAAGCUGCCGUGGCUGCGGCCGGUGAAUGUCGUCGGUGCUGCAGCUGGCGGCGGUGGUGAGUCGCGUCGAGGAGGCGGAGGAGGCGGGCCGCCGCGGCCGAGGGCCGCCGGCGCAGCGGGCGGCGCUCGCGGGCGAGCAGGGCUCGAGCGAGCCCCAGGCGGAGUAUGGCCUCGGCGUGCAGCGAGGACGCUGCCGCCGCGGCGGCGGCUGCGGCGGCGGCGGCCGCGGCCGGGAUGGCGUCGGAGCAGCCUCCCGGGAUGGACGAGGACUGCCUGAAGGUGAGGCGCUGGUGGUGCUUCCUGCUGUCGAGCAUCUUCACCUUCCUCGCGGGCCUCCUGAUCGUGCUGCUGUGGCGCGCCGCGGCGUUCCUCUGCUGCCGCAAGGAGCCCGAGUUCUCGCCCAAUGACCCCAAGCAGACCAAGGAGCAGAAGCAGCAGGGCCGCCAGCAGGGCAAGGAGUUCGAGGGCACCUUCAUGACCGAGGCCAAGGACUGGGCGGGCGAGCUCAUAUCCGGACAGACCACCACUGGGCGCAUUCUCGUGGUGCUAGUUUUCAUCCUUAGCAUAGCAUCGCUUAUAAUAUACUUCAUCGAUGCCUCCACUCCAGUCAACGACAAUUUACCUUAUUCUGGCGAUGUGGUGGAGCGUUGCCAGAAGUGGAGCGAAAACAUUACUCAGCAGAUAGACUUAGCUUUCAAUAUAUUUUUUAUGGUCUACUUUUUUAUACGCUUUAUCGCCGCCAGUGACAAGCUGUGGUUCAUGCUGGAGAUGUAUUCGUUCGUGGACUACUUUACGAUACCACCGUCUUUCGUCUCGAUCUACCUGGAUCGGACGUGGAUCGGACUGAGGUUCCUCCGAGCCCUUAGACUGAUGACGGUCCCUGAUAUCCUCCAAUACCUAAACAUUCUUAAGACAUCGAGCUCCAUUCGCCUCGCCCAACUCGUCUCCAUCUUCAUCUCCGUCUGGUUGACCGCUGCUGGUAUCAUUCAUUUGCUCGAAAACUCAGGGGACCCAUUCGACUUUGCCAACCCGCAACAGCUGUCGUACUGGACCUGCGUGUACUUCCUCAUCGUGACGAUGUCAACGGUGGGCUACGGCGACGUCUACUGCCAGACAGUACUCGGCCGCACAUUCCUAGUAUUUUUUCUACUCGUCGGCUUGGCCAUGUUUGCUAGUAGCAUACCCGAGAUAAUAGAGCUUGUAGGCAAUAGGUCCAAGUACAGCGGCGAAUACAAGCGGGAACAUGGAAAGAGACACAUUGUUGUGUGCGGCCACAUCACUUACGAGUCCGUCUCGCAUUUCCUCAAGGAUUUCUUACAUGAGGACCGAGAAGAUGUCGACGUGGAGGUGGUUUUCUUACACAGGAAGCCACCAGACCUCGAGCUGGAGGGACUAUUCAAGCGGCACUUCACCACCGUGGAGUUCUUUCAGGGCACCAUCAUGAACCCAAUCGAUCUUCAACGGGUCAAGGUUCACGAAGCUGACGCGUGCUUGGUCCUGGCCAACAAAUAUUGCCAGGAUCCAGACGCUGAAGAUGCGGCAAACAUUAUGCGCGUCAUCUCUAUCAAAAACUACUCGGAUGAUAUACGUGUUAUCAUUCAGUUGAUGCAAUAUCACAAUAAGGCCUAUUUAUUAAACAUUCCAUCGUGGGACUGGAAGCAGGGUGAUGACGUAAUUUGCCUAGCGGAAUUAAAGCUUGGCUUCAUCGCCCAGUCCUGCUUGGCGCCAGGAUUCAGUACGAUGAUGGCCAAUCUCUUCGCUAUGAGAUCCUUCAAGACGUCGCCGGACACUCAGGCGUGGCAGAACGAUUACCUGCAGGGCACGGGCUGCGAGAUGUACACGGAAACCCUGUCCCCGUCCUUUACCGGGAUGACAUUUCCCCAAGCUAGCGAGUUGUGCUUCACGAAACUUAAGCUGUUGCUCUUGGCGAUCGAAAUCAAAGGAGAAGCAGCGAGCGACAGUAAGAUUUCGAUAAAUCCACGGGGUGCCAAGAUCGCUGCUAACACACAGGGAUUUUUUAUUGCUCAAUCGGCCGACGAAGUCAAGCGUGCGUGGUUUUACUGCAAAGCCUGUCACGAAGACAUCAAGGACGAGACUUUAAUCAAGAAAUGCAAAUGCAAAAACUUGGCCACAUUCCGGAAAGGCGUGCGGGCUGUUCAAAUGGUCGGAAGAGCAAUAAUUGAUGUCCAUCGAAGACAAAGCAGAUACGACCACCAUCCUCCCCCCACAUUCACUCCGCCAGAACUGCCCAAGAUGGUUCACGUGAGAGGUGAAAUCAGUCGCGAUCGUGACGAUCCUAACGCUAUGCGUAAUCACCGCAACUCUGUGGGAAUCACGACGAUGAACUCGACCAAACAGGUCAAUAAAGUCAAGCCUAACGUCAAUAGGACAUCGACCGAUGGUCUCGCUAGUCCCAUUCAACAGCCGCAAUACAAUCAGAGACCGCAACAGGAGGAGACUGUAUACGCCGGCUACCAUCUCGCCUACGAAGUGAAAAAACUCAUGCCGACGAACCGAGCAUCCGGUGGUUCGGGUGGUGUGAACAACAAUGCGGUCCAAGUGGGUAUUGCCGACGACCAAGCGAAGGAUUUCGACUUCGAGAAAACGGAAAUGAAGUACGACUCGACGGGGAUGUUCCAUUGGAGUCCGGCGCGUAAUCUCGAAGACUGCAUACUGGAUCGUAAUCAGGCGGCAAUGACGGUUCUCAACGGCCACGUUGUCGUCUGUCUAUUCGCUGAUCCAGACUCGCCUCUAAUUGGACUAAGGAAUCUGGUGAUGCCGUUGCGAGCUUCCAAUUUCCAUUACCACGAGCUUAAGCACGUUGUGAUAGUCGGCUCGGUGGACUACAUUAGGCGCGAGUGGAAGAUGCUUCAGAAUCUGCCCAAAAUCUCGGUCUUAAACGGUUCUCCACUGAGCAGAGCAGACUUACGUGCCGUGAACGUGAAUCUUUGCGAUAUGUGUUGUAUCCUGUCGGCAAAAGUGCCUAGCAACGAUGACCCCACCCUCGCCGACAAGGAGGCCAUUCUCGCAUCUCUCAACAUCAAGGCUAUGACGUUUGACGACACCAUUGGCGUGCUCAGUCAAGGUCUACUUUCUUUUUUAAGCGUCGUUACUAAAGUUCAACAUACUCAAAUUUGUCAUUUGCUUCCGCUUGCAGUUGGGAGUCCCAUGUUACUCCAAAGGAGAGGGUCUGUUUAUGGAGCUAACGUGCCGAUGAUAACGGAACUUGUUAACGAUAGCAACGUUCAGUUUCUCGAUCAAGAUGACGAUGACGACCCGGACACGGAGCUCUACCUCACACAGCCGUUUGCUUGUGGUACUGCCUUCGCCGUUAGCGUGCUGGAUUCUCUAAUGUCGACGACUUACUUCAACCAAAAUGCACUGACUCUUAUACGAUCCCUGAUCACUGGUGGUGCGACGCCCGAACUCGAGUUGAUUCUAGCUGAAGGAGCUGGACUGAGGGGUGGUUAUAGUACCGCAGACAGUUUAGCGAAUAGGGAUAGGUGCAGGGUGGGUCAAAUAUCAUUAUACGAGGGGCCAUUGGCUCAGUUUGGCGAGAACGGCAAGUACGGCGACCUCUUUGUCGCGGCAUUAAAGUCAUACGGAAUGCUGUGCAUUGGUCUAUACAGGUACAGAUUUCGCGAUACGAGCUCGUCAUGCGAAGCGUCCUCGAAGCGAUACGUCAUUACCAAUCCUCCCGAUGACUUUACGUUGCUGCCGACCGAUCAGGUUUUUGUCCUGAUGCAAUUCGACCCAGGCCUCGAGUACAGACCGAGCCGUGGAGCGCGUGGCAAAGACGAUGCCUCCUGACUGUUGCUGUGUAGCGCCCUCACCGACGGACCCUACUCGUAUAUCUAAGCAGCGCAAUCACUCACUCAAGCGAGAGCGCUGACUUGCGAUCGCGUUUCGUGCCAUCUUCCCUGCCCCGUCUCUCCCCGACCGUUUUCCUGUCAUAACGUCACUUUUGCGUCGAUCAUUUCGAGAUAAUACAAAACCAUGGAAACACAACAUCCGAAAAAGCCAUCGCAUUCUGAAUACAUCACAUAUGCAGGCACUGGCCCGACGAGGGCACGUACGGCCAAUGCCUAACGGAGAUGGGCCUAUUAUAUGGAUUUUCCUCUCCUUCUCUCCCCCCCCCCCCCCUCUAUCUCUCUCUAUCUAUCUAUCUCUUUCGCUCCUCUACCAAGAAUAACAUACAAAAAACCCUUUUAUAUGUCGUCGCUUGUAACCUUAUUGUAAAGAGAGAGAAAGAGACAAGGCGCACACACAUAGAAAAUGAACGCAACACCCAUAGAAGUUUACACCAAAAACUCGCGCAUGGUCAUAAAGGAUAAAAGGAUGCAGGCACGUCGAACCGAUCGCUAUCGCACUUAAGAUUAUAUUGGUCCGAGGGCUGCUACACGCAGAUCCGAAUCCGACACUAUCUAACGUAUGUACAUGUGUACCUUUCGCAAGGAACAAGGCCGACGAUCCGAUUUGCUUCGGAAAUUGCAUUGGGCUACUGCGACUACUACUAUUUUUUUUGGUUCUUCAUCAUUGUGAUUUACUCGGACUUGCUAGAGUCCUUUAGGAUUAAUAAAGUAAUGCUAUGCUAUCAUAUAAGGUGGAAUAUAGUUGUAGCUUGCGCAAAUGUUAUGAGUUUCGCUAUAUUGAUAGCGCGCAGCUUUCCGAAGCGCGGCUCGUCGGCUUGUCGUAUAAAUUAUAUAAAUAUUAUAAAUAAGCGCGUCUUAGGUAAGGCAAUAUAUAAAUGCGACACAAGCGAACUACCAACUGAGUAACGAUAACAAAUUAAAUAAACAAAAGAAACAAUCCGAUCAGAGAAUCGAAGGAUUGCGAGAGACGCCGUCGAUCGUCACUGUUAAAGAAAAUAAGCAAGGAAGUGCGUUCCUUGAGACAAAGUGAGCCCGGCAAAGGAUGGCGUCUUAGGCCAUUGGUCGGGACGAACCCAAUAUUAAUGGGGGGGAUCGAUCAAUCGAACGAAAAGAAGCAUCGGAAUGCCUCCGAGUCUCGAGAGAUAAUUCUGCCCGUGAAAGCCACACGGAAAAAUAAUAUAUACGUAAAAGCGUGCGACAGAUGAGAGUAAAGAGAUAUAUAAAAAGCGCAAAAUUUUUCGAGAGAAUAACAAGCAACAAAAAUAAUAACAAUCGCGUUAGCAAAAGCACGCGGGACUGCAAACCGUAAAAAAAUAAAAAUAAAUAAAUCUUUACCUCGUGUGUCUUGUUUAGGACAAAAUGAAGACUCUCAAUCAAGCACUUUGUACAGGUUCUAUAUACAUAUUAUAUAUACAGAUGAUUAUUAUAAAUAAGAGGGAUGAGAAUAAAAUGAACCCUAACGAUAAGGCAAAGACACCCCUUUUCCACACGAUUUUGCGUAUAAAAAAUGACAAACAAGUCGGUUGUAUAUUGGUAUAUAUGCGGCAUACAUAUAUAUGCACACACAUCGUAUAUAUAUACAUAUAUGUGUAUACAUAGACACUCUCUCUUUUAUAUAUUUUUGAAAACUCACGUGUGUAUAUAUACGGACAUUCAUUAUAAUAUGCGACGAUGCAUUAUACGUAUAUCUUUAAUAAUUAAGUCAUGUAUGAAGAGGACACGAAUCGAAGUGUAGCCCCAAAAACACAAUGAUUAAAAUGAAAAACUUAAAAAAAAUUAACAUAUUUGAAACACGCGAGCAGAUCUAUUUGUAAUAACGAGCGGCGUGUUAUCUGCGAAACUGAUGUAGCCGUCUUUCAUUACUAAUUUCUUAUUGAUUUCUAAUUUGAGAUUUUCUGUCCAAGUACGAAAAAAGUGCUUCUUCAUAUGAACUAAAUAUUUUUUGUGUUUCGAAAGUCACAAGCAGUUGCGACUGCUGCGACAACUAAGCAAUGUAAUGAAAAACGACUACAUCGGACUUUGCGCACGACAACUGCAGCGAUAAAGCAACGCAAGUACGUAAAUAACGCAUGUAAUAACAAGUAGUUCAAGUAAGAUAUAGUCAGCCAAUCUGUAAUGAGAGAGAAAGUGAAGUGUAUUGAAAGUCGCUUGCAAGAGUGAGAUUAUUUUAUGCUUUGAGCUAAAGUAAUUGUGACGAUAACUGUUGAAUAUAAUCUGGAUAUUAAAACGAUGUUAUUCAUUACAUAUUGUUCAUUUGAAGUAGUGAAUUCAAAUCUAAAAGCGUCGGUAACGUACUCGUGUUGUUAAAUACCCGCAUAAUAGUUUAUCAUGUGUUAAUAUGAGAAUAUUUUGGUUUUGUCGGAUUAAAUAGUUUUUCAAUGUAGAUGGGUUUUUUGUUGAUGAAUAAUAUGGCUCAUUUUUAGCAAUAUUAUAUGAUUACUGCAGAAAAUACUAACUAUUAAUGUACAUAGGUUAUAACUCUUGUUGAUAAAUAUCGAUAUAAAAUAAUAAAUCGUUCACAUCAUAAAUGUCUUUAAGAACUAUGAACGAAACUAUAAAACAACUUUUAAAAACCGAUAUAUCAGUGUUGAAAUUUUAAUCAAAAUCAUUCAAAAUAUAAACAUUGGAAGGAUUAAGGGUAUAUAUAAGAAAUGUUGCACGAUUUCUAUAUUGUCAUUUUCUCUCUCAGAUGGACACGAUAAUGGAUGGAAAAGCAAAGGUGCAUAAACAAUCACAAUUGCGCAAUAGAAAAUCUUAUGAAAAAAAAACCAAAAAAAAUAACGAGAAUUCGUAACGAACUCGUUAAAAAAAAUCUAAUAAAAAAGCAAAAUGGUAUAUUGCGAAUUUAAAAAAAGCCGCUGCUGUUGCUGCUGUUGCAAUAUCCACGUGCACUGUUCACUGCCACCGCAGUUCGUGUUGUUUAAUGUAUACCAUAUAAAAGUUGUAUACCUCUACACACAGAUCCACAUAUUUCAGAAAUUAUAUACUUAUACACUCACAGAUUUACACACAUGGGACAAAGAUAUGAAGUAAAAAAAGUACACACGGCUGUAAUACAUCGCGGCGAGGAGGUCCAGCGUGCGAUAGAAGUGAAAUGAUAAUCAUCUUGAGGUCGGUCGAGAUUCAUAUAUCUAUAUAAGUAAAACUUCGGUCUAGCUCUCUACUUAUAUAUCUUAAUCUCUCUAUAUUAAUGAAUUUACAUACCGUGAUUGAUCAAAGAAAAUUAUAUUAGUAGAUAUAACUCGACAAAUAUUAACAAGUUUUCAUCAUAAACUUUCAUUUUUACGUAGUUAAUCGCAACAAUAACUUUUAUUUUAAGUAAUAAUUGAUCAGAGAUUUAUCUUGUAUGUAAAAUCAUAGAGUCCGUCUUGCCCUUGUCAUUUUCUGUGUGUUCCUCGACGUGUCUCGACCUACAAAAUUUUUCUAAAAUUUCAUUUAGACAUUCUAGAAGAUUAGACUAUAGCUUUUAGAAAUAAUUUUUUCACUUGCAGGGGAAAAAAAUUCGAAAUUUUCGUUGUUGCACAUUUUAUGCUUUUGAAUGAUCAAUUUUAUUGACUCGACGCUUUAUAUUAUUUUUAUACACUAAAAUGUAUAGUUCAUUUAGAAAAUAGACUACAACCAAAAAAUUUUUCACUGCAAAUAAGAAAUUCCAUUGUCGAUGGAUGCCUAGAUAUAACUGAAUCAGAAAUAAGCAUCAACCCAUUCGCCGAGCAGCCAUCGGGGAACUAAAGACUGCUGACUUGAAAUAUAUUUACGUGAAUCGUAAAAUAAAGUAACGGUAAUUAAGUAAAUUUUUGCAAAAUCGAUCGUAACUCGUAGUUUCUCGAGCCUUCGCAAGGUAAUCUUUAGAUAUACCUAAACAUUCAUAAAAUCAUACACACACACACACACACACACUUACACAUACUUAAUAAUAAAGAAUGCGUCGCGCAAAUCGUCGAUCUACACAUAAACGUACAUAUAAAGAUUCGUCUCUCGACUUAUCCGUUUACUGUUCUUUCUUCCUGUCUCGUCUACUCCUGUAAAAUCGCUUUGACCUCUCUCGCCUCGAUGAUAUAAAAGUAUAAUUAAAAACGAUAAAAAAAAGAAAAAAGAUAAAAAAAACAAAUUCGUGCAUUAGAAUUCGUACAAAUUGAUCAUUCAAUCGUGAAAGCCUUGUGUAGUUUGUUAGAGGAAAAGAUCGCGUUUUCGCCCAAUACAUCACACGACGAUCCCUCACGAGAAUUCGGUAAUCUACUCGUUCAUAGGAAUAUUAAUUGUUUUUUUUGUAUUCGCUUAGAUAUGUGCGAAAUUUACGUUUGUAAUGGUUGUAUAUUGCGCAAGAGACGUUAAAUAACUAUGUACAAAAAAUUAAAAAAAAUGUGCGAAUGCUGUCGAUAGUAAUAUGUAACGUUUCAUUUUGUUCAUUUCUGUUUGUUAUUCCUACAUGGUGAAUUUUGAAUCCUUUCUUUGUUUACUCAAACGAGCAAUCGAUUUUUUUAUGAUAUAUAAAUGGAUUUUACGUAAUUGCAAAAAUAAAAAAAAUACAAGUUGUUGCAUUGAAUAAAAAUAAUUUUUAAACAAUGUUAAACAUAUGUCUUUUUUGCAUUACCAACGAUCAUUAUGAUGUAAAUAACGCUCAUUUCUCCUAUUAUUCACUUCAUUUUUAAUACUCAAUUUUAUACUCUGAAAUCAGCAUUCAUAACUUUCAUUUGACUGAUAAUAUCAUUUGAUAUAAAAAGAAGAAUAAAUAAAUAAAAAAAUAAUAAAAACAACAAAAGAAAAAAACACGAAAAAAAAUUCUAACCGAGGGAUUGUCGGUGACGACGAAGCACGGGUUACUUACGCACUCUCUUUAACUAAUUAUAUCAUGCACCAAAUUAAGAUCGAUUCAUUCAUCUUUUAAUCCCAUUGAAUUCUCUUGUGCAUACUACGUGGAUACUAAAGUAGAUCGUGGUGGGUAUUUUGCAUGUAUGUGGAUCGCAUAUUACACUAAGAAUAAAGUGGAAUUAUGGAAAUUUACGGAUUUAUGUUAUUUCGAUAAAAUAAGAAUUUACAGAAGCGUAACAAACAAUGUGAAAUUUUGCUGUAAAAUGGGAUAAAUUUAAUUGUAACGCAAUGAUUUAUGUCGCUACGUUAUUAAAGAAUAAUGAUUCAAUGCUAUUAUAAUGUGUGAACAAAAAAAACUGAUUAAAAUAACGUAACGGAACACAAUGAAUGAUUAAUAUGUGAAGAAUAAUAAAAAAGGCGAGCAGAGCGUGAGCCACCUUUAAUAUGCCUCAUUGAACCUCAUCUAAUGCUUUUUUAUCUGUACAUUUACAAUUUGUGUACCAAUGAGGAACGUUGUUUAAUCAUGUUGUUGAUGUUAUUGUUAAAGAAUGAGAUUCAAUAUUGUACAUAACUAUAUUCAUUAUAAUUGAUGAUAUAAAUAAUUAUAUACAUAAAGAGAAAAAAA